AUGAAAUCGUUCAUCGUAUUCGCCCUGAUCGUCGCCGCCGUGGCCGCUGCCCCCCAAAACCCGGCUGACGCAGGCGCGCAGAUCCUACGCAGUGACCUGGACAACAUCGGAAUUGAUGGAUACCAAUAUGUCUACGAAACCUCCAACGGCAUCAAGCAGGAGGAGCAAGGGAAACUUGCGAACGUCGGUACCGAGAACGAAGCCAUCCAAGUCCGCGGACAGUUCUCCUACGUGGGGGCAGAUGGCGUCACCUACACCGUCACAUACGUCGCCGACGAGAACGGCUUCCAGCCCCAGGGCGCCCACAUCCCCCAAGCUGCUUAA